AUGGCGUCGGAGAAAGCAUUUUUUGAUCUUGUGAGCAUGAUAGAGAAAGAAGAAGAGCGAAGAAGGAGAAGAAUGAGUCGCAUUGCCAGAUCGCUUGUCCUCAUUUCGUGCCGGAGGGCUGCUCUGAGUAAGAUUGCAGUUAUGGCUGCCAGCGGCAAUCUAGAUAUAUCCAGUUGUCUGGCAUGGAUGGCGACCUGGCCUCGCAUCCCACAUUGGUGGCAGCAUCCCCAGGAGCGGACCAACUGGUGGAGUGACGAAGUCCUCCAGCGAUGGGAUAACAACAUGUGGGUUUCUAACUUCCGCAUGUCUAAAGAAACCCUUUUUGAUCUGGCUAGCAUCUUGAGACCAGAGCUGGAGCGUGAGGACUCUGUAUUCCGGAGUCCCAUCCCGGUGGAGAAGAGAGUGGCCCUGAAUAUUUGGUGGCUCUCAAGCCCUCUGAUGUAUAGGAAGGUGGCUUCCCGUUUUGAGGUUGGAACAUCCACAGCUGCAGAAAUCGCCAUCGAGGUGUGCCUUGCUAUGGAGAAGCUGCUGCUGAGGAAAACUAUCCAGCUUGGAGAUUACCACACGAUUAUGGAUGGAUUUCAGAGACUUGGAUUCCCACACUGCAUAGGAGCUAUUGAUGGCACUCAUAUUUCUGUUUGCUCACCGCUGGGACGCAGAGAGGAAUACAUCAACCGCAAGCAGGGAUUUUCAAUUGUUCUGCAAGCAACUACAGAUCACAGUGGGAGGCUUAUUGACAUAGAAGUAGGGAAUUCUGGGAGAUCUCAUGACAGCCACAUAUUUUCAAAUUCCGCUAUCUGUCAAGUGAUGGAUGAAGGCUGUUUUGUGCCCGGAAAUCCCACCCUGCAUGUCAACGAUGUAGCCAUUCCACCACUGAUUAUAGGGGAUGGUGCCUACCCAAUCAGGAAAUGGCUAAUGGCACCAUAUCGUGGACAAUUAACACCUGACAAACUUGCUUAUAACAUCGCCCAUUGCAGGGCAAGAUGGUGGUGGAGAGAUCUUUUUCACGAUUGA